AUGACCCUCACAAAUGGGGACUUGAGCAAUGGCGGCUCGCAGCUGAUGCCAGAACAGAAGAUCCUAGACUAUACAAAAGCACUCGAAGUGCUCCGCGAUGAAUACCCGAGUGCUGACGGCCUCGACGCGAAAACACUGCUGGACUCUAAGAUCAACGGCGGCUUGACAUAUAACGAUUUCCUGGUGCUUCCCGGCUACAUCGGCUUUGCUGCUUCAGAUGUUGCUCUGGAUACCCCAGUCACUAAGCGAAUCACCCUCAAAACACCUCUGGUCUCUUCUCCCAUGGACACAGUCACAGAGCACUCGAUGGCAAUCCAUAUGGCCCUGCUAGGAGGAUUAGGCGUCGUACAUCACAAUUGCUCUGCAGAGGAUCAAGCAGAGAUGGUCCGAAAGGUCAAGCGAUUCGAGAACGGCUUCAUCCUGGACCCUGUCGUGCUUUCACCGAAGACAACCGUGGGAGAAGCGAAGGCACUGAAGGAGAAGUGGGGAUUCGGCGGAUUCCCAGUCACCGAGAACGGCUCUCUCAGCUCGCCUCUCAUCGGCAUGAUAACGACCCGCGACAUUCAAUUCCACCCUGACCUCUCCGACCCUGUCACAACCGUCAUGUCCACCGACCUCGUCACCGCCCCCUCGGGCACUACUCUUACCGAAGCUAACGGCGUCCUCUCCAAGUCCAAGAAGGGCAAACUCCCCAUCGUCGACCCCACAAAUAACCACUUAAUCUCCCUUCUCUCCCGCUCCGACCUGAUGAAAAACCUACACUACCCUCUCGCCUCCAAGCUCCCACACUCGAAACAACUCAUCUGCGCGGCCGCGAUCGGCACACGACCAGAAGAUAAAGACCGAUUGAAGAAGCUCGCAGACGCGGGUCUUGACAUCGUCAUCCUCGACUCCUCGCAAGGCAAUUCGAUAUUCCAGAUUGAGAUGAUCAAGUAUAUUAAGAAGGAGCACCCAGAUCUAGACGUGAUUGGGGGCAACGUCGUCACCGUAGCACAGGCCGCCUCUCUGAUCGCUGCCGGAGUAGAUGGUCUCAGAAUAGGCAUGGGUUCCGGCUCCGCUUGCAUAACGCAAGAAGUUAUGGCUGUUGGCCGUCCACAGGCUGCAUCUGUCUUCAAUGUUUCUGGCUUCGCUGCGAAGUUUGGUGUUCCUUGUAUCGCCGAUGGUGGAAUCCAGAAUGUGGGACACAUCGUUAAGGGCCUCGCUCUGGGUGCAAGUACAGUGAUGAUGGGAGGGUUGUUGGCAGGCACCACCGAAUCGCCAGGAAACUAUUUCGUCAGCCGCGAAGGGCAACUCGUUAAAGCCUACAGAGGCAUGGGCAGCAUCGACGCCAUGGAAGACAAGAAAGCCGGCGCGGUCACCAAGACCUCGAAACAAUCAAACGCAGGAACAGCUCGGUACUUCAGCGAGGGUGAUAGGCUGCUCGUUGCUCAGGGAGUGUCAGGGAGCGUGCUGGACCGAGGAUCUGUGACAAAAUUCGCGCCGUAUCUGCUGGCCGGGCUGCAGCACAGUUUGCAAGAUAUAGGUGUCAAGAGCUUGGGGGAGCUGAGAAGAGGCGUCCAGGAUGGCAAAGUGCGGUUCGAGCUGCGGACCGUGAGUGCGCAGGCAGAGGGGAACGUUCAUGGGCUACAUAGCUUCGACAAGAAGCUCUAUUCGUGA